AGACCCUCCCACCUGAACGAGGAAGUGAAUGUAAGAGACGUGCUGUAGCUCAGCUCCGUUUGACAGUUCAUUACAGUGCAGGAUAUGAUUGUUCCUGUGGACAAAAGAUACAUUAGUGUUUUUUUCUCUAACAGCAGGAGAGGAAGAGUGGAAGCUUCUUUCGUAGAGUUGUGUUCAGGAUCUAUUUCAAGCAGGAUUUUGGUUCAGGCUGUCACAAGUUUUCAGAACAGUGAAAGUGAAAGUAGAGGUUACUGUACAAAACAGGCAACAGUACAGAACAACUUAAACUAUUAGAGAAAAUGGCCUCCAUGUCGAUCUCGGAAGAGGAUUUAUCGUGUCCUGUGUGCUGUGACAUCUUCAAGGAUCCUGUUGUUCUGAGCUGUAGUCACAGCGUCUGUAAAGGAUGUCUGCAGCAAUUCUGGAGAACCAAAAGAUCCAGGGAGUGUCCAGUCUGCAGGACACUAUCGCAGAACGCUGAGCCUCCACUGAAUCUCCUUCUCAAGAAUCUGUGUGAGAAUUUCCCAAAGGGAGGAACUAAGAGAGAACCGUUCUGCGGUCUGCACCAUUCAGAACUAAAGCUCUUCUGUGAAGAUGACAAACAGCUGGUGUGCUUGGUGUGUCGAGACUCUAAAUCGCACAAGAACCACAACUUCAGUCCCAUCAGUGAAGCAGCACUGGAGCGGAAGGAAGAACUGAAAGUCAAACUGAAGCCUUUGCAGAUCAAGUUAAAAAAGAUGAAAGAAGCUAAAAGUGCUUCUGAUGACACUGCUCAACACAUCAGAGUCCAGGCCCAACACACAGAGAAGCAGAUCAAGGACAAAUUUGAGAAGCUUCAUCAGAUCCUACGAGAUGAAGAGACAGCCAGGAUAGCUGCACUGAAGAAGGAAGAGAAGCAGAAGAGUCAGAUGAUGAAGGAGAAGAUUGAGAAGAUGAGCAGAGAGAUCUCAUCUCUUUCAGACACCAUCAGAGCCAUAGAGGAGGGGAUGAGAAGCGAUGAUGUGUCUUUCCUGCAGAGCUAUGAGAGCACAGUGAGAAGAGCCCAGUGCACACUGCAGGUUCCAGAGAGGAUCUCAGAAACACUCAAUUUGGCAAAGCACCUAAGAGACCUGGGCAUCUGGGAGAGGAUGAGAAAGAUUUUCCAAUACACUCCUGUGACUCUGGAUCCCAACACUGCACACCCAAAACUCAUAGUGUCUGAAGAUCGCACCAGUGUGACAUACAGAGAGGAGAGACAGCAGCUUCCUGAUAACCCAGAGAGAUUUGAUCGGUGGGCCAAUGUCCUCGGCUCUGAGGGUUUUAACUCAGGGACUCACUUCUGGGAUGUGGAUGUUGGGAACAACAGUAACUGGGAUAUUGGGGUUAUGACAGAGUCGGCCAAGAGGAAGGGACAGAUUGACAAGUUUAGUGGACUUUGGACUGUCUUCCAUAAAAGUGGGGAAUAUAAAACAGUCUCAAGCCCACAGCCAAGGUACUUGCUUUCAGUGAAGGAGAAACCCCAGAGGAUCAGGGUUAAGCUGGACUGGGACAAAGGGGAGGUGUCCCUAUAUGACCUUGAUAAGAACACACAUCUACACACUUUCACACACACAUUCACUAAAAGGGUGUUUCCAUACUUUGGUACUCAGUGUACAAGUGCCCCACUGAGAAUCUUACCACUGAAGGCUUCUGGGAUGUUCCCCUAAACGUCUGAUUAGAGAGAUUAAGAGAGAUUUUGUUUUGAGUUGAAUAGGUGGUAUGGUAACGGGUAAUUUUCUUGCCUGUUGGAGUCUGUGUUUUUCUCAGCUCCUAUUCUUUAAAUAAUUGAAUUUGUUCAUAUUGUGAUGGAAUUAAUUAUGCAUUUUUGUUUUGUAUGACCUUUAAUAUGAACCCAUUAACUAAUAACUAAUGAAUAUUGUUUGUUAAUUGUUGUAUUUUUGAGUAGGACAUCUGUUAGGGGCUAUUCCAUUCCGUUCCAUUAAAUGUAUGCAUUUACCUGAUGCUAUUUCCAUAUAUACUGUAUGUGACUAUGUGUGUGCACCAGCCAUCCAGGUGACAGACUUUGUGGCCUUACAAUCAAUAUUUGUGAUUAUACAUGGUUCCUGUGUGAAAGGUUUGGAAAUGCUUUAGUUUGAUUUCAUAGACAACGCUGGCAUGGUGAAAUGAGUAAUUACUGAGAAGUUUCUGUAUGGUUCUAGAUAAGUAUUUUAUGUUGAUGCCAGUUAAGUGUACUGCAUACUGCAAAAUUACGUUCCCAUGAUUUUGGGAAGGACUGUCUCUGCGCUAUUUGAUUGUAUGGAUAAU